UGACUGCUACCGUUGACGGUGUUACGGUCCUAUUUACCUCGAAAAUAUUGUCCUGAUAUUCGCCGGAUAGAUGCUUUUACAAUUGUUCUCAAAAAGAAGUAUCGUUUCAUUGCAAAACUACCGUUCCUUAGCAAAGAUGGCAUCAGAUGCAAAGCGUGCUAAGCUCACAGAGGAGGAGCGUACAAGCUCCCUGUCACCGCUGAAAACCACUGGCUGGACGAUGGUUGAAGGCAGGGACGCGAUCUACAAGGAGUUUCUCUUCAAGAAUUUCAAUGAGGCAUGGGGUUUUAUGAGUCGUGUUGCCUUACAAGCCGAGAAGAUGGAUCAUCACCCAGAAUGGUUUAACGUUUAUAACAAGGUUCAAAUCACCCUGAGCACCCAUGAUUGUGGAGGUUUGUCCCAGCGCGAUGUCAAACUGGCGACAUUUAUAGAGUCUGCCGCUGCUGCUACCAAGUCUUCCUAAGCUCUCUCAGGCUACACUCAACCAUAUAUGCAUUUAUGGCCACACACCACCAUUCUAAAUGCAUUUACAAUUUUACAUGUACAUAAACAUUCCAGUUUGUAAUACAUUUUUUGGUUAAAAAGUGUGAUAAAAAAUGAAUGAAGUUCUUUUUGAGGAUUAUUUUAUUUCCAAAUUUACAAAGUUUUCUUAAUAAUAUGCAACCAAAGCAUACAUGUUUUUAUCUGUAAUCAUAAGCAUGUUUCUAGCAAUACAAUACAUAUGACAAGCAAGAAUGCAUGUACAUGUAGUCUUUAAAGAGAGCAUUGUAUGUAUCAAUAUUGUUCAAGCAAGUAUAUAUCUUGUCUUAUUGUUGGUGGUAGUUACACUUUUUUUUAACUUUUUGCGACAUUUACUCUGGGGCCAUUCUGAAUUCCUCAGCCUUUUUGCAUCAAAAACAACCUUGAAUGUAUGCCCGUACAUCAGUAGAAGCAUACAUGCCAUAUCUCCCGGCGGGGGGAAAAAUCCCCCGGAAUUUCGACCCAUCCCUUGGUCCCCCGCCGGGGGAUCCAUAUCCCCUGGAAUUUAAAAAAAAAACAAACAGUGGAAAGCAUCAAUAAUAUUAUGAGUGUGAAAUUCCAUGAAGGACCAUGAUGACUAAGUCCAAAAAUUAUUGUAAUUUGAGUGUAUUUCUGUAUUUAUUCUUAUAUUAUAAAUGCAGAUAUUGUGCAAAUUUUCGUCGCAUAAAAAUCCCCUGGUGUAAUAUCAAAAUCCCCUGGAAUUCAGACCAAAAUCCCCUGGGAAGCCUCUCAGAAAUAUGGCAUGUAUGUAGAAGUAGUUUGGAAAAUUUUAAAUAAAAGUUUUAAUUAAUUGAAGUGUUUUAAUGUGUAUCAUAUAUAUAUGCCUAAGUUUAAAGUGAUUGUAAGUGAAGUGUUUAAGUGCAUAAAUAAUUAAGAUUUCCUGAGUAAAGUCCUUAGGUUUAACUGCUUAAUUGAAAUUACUAGGGAUCUACUGCAAUGUAGUUAAAUAUAAAGAUUUCUGAAAUUGUAAACCAUCCAUAAACAUCUGAGAUCAUGUUCGCUGGAAAAUGGCCGAGGAGUUCCGAAUGCUCUAGGGCUAAAUUUGAUAUCAAAAAUAAGAUUUAACUUAAAUUUAUGAUCAAGUGCUAUGAUUGGACAGUAAAACUAGUUGACCAAUAGACUGAAUGUAAUUGCAUGGUCAUCUUUAAGGAUAAGGAUUAGAAAUGUAUUGAAUAUGGGUUCUUGCCUCAAAGCUAAUUUUAAUCAAAUUGUCAUUAAAAUCACAUUUUUUUUUUGGAAACAUAUAUUUGCUAUUUUGUUUAUUCAUUUGCUGGAUAUCAUUGUGUAAUAGUAAACCAAUCAUAAAUUUUAUUAUGAUUUGAUAAUGUUCCUUAUGAUAUGCAUUUGUUAGUACUUUUUUUAUGAAAGUAGUGUGACAUUUUUCAAAUCUGAAAGUUCAUACAUAUAUAUUUCGCUACAUAAAUUGCAUACAUGGAAAUGUUCUGUACUUUGUUAACACAAGUUGAAAAGACUAUUGGUUGCCCGUAGCUUGUAUUAAUUAAACAUCUUAAGUCAUUUCCUAUCUUAAGUCAUUUUCGUAAAUUAAGUAUAUCAUUGUUCAAAUGACAUUAUGAUGUAAUAAUUUCCUUAAUACUUUAUUUUCAUAGAAUUAAUAGUAAAAACACCUUUUUAUGUUAAAAACACUUCUACUUUUCUUUUAAUUUGACAGGCUAUGACAAUUUUAGGAAAUCCACUUAAUUAAGGUAAAUACUUAAAUUGUUUUAUGAGUACAGGGCAGGCUUUCUAAAGUCUGUAAAGUAGUGGACAAAUUUCAAUCUGUUUCACUUUUAUAAUUUAUAGAUAGUGUUGUGUAUAAUGAAUCUCAUAGCUUGAAUUAUAUAUGUGCUAAAAUUUAAACUGAAGACUCAAUAUUAAUGUUUGCAUCAGGAACAGACAAAACGUUGGAAAAUAUGAGUUUUGUUAUAAUUAUUACCUACUAUUAAGACCAGUGUUGACCAAAGCUAGGGCUUUUGCUGUGUCAUAAUUUAACAAUUUCUCCAUUUUUGACGACAUACCUAUCCACUUUUUGUUCUAGUCACACAAUAUCGCAUUUCUGUGUUACAGAAGCAAAAUCAGAUAUGUAUUCGAAAUACAUUGUAGCAUUAGAACUCAUUCAAUAUAGCUUAGUGCUUAUUCUAUAUAAGCUUUAGUGCGUUUAUCUGCUGAUUAUUAGAAAUACUCAAAUAUAAAUAUAUUGAUAUUGCAAGAAUGAAUGUUAGAAAUUAACUGGAAUAACUUAAAAAAUCCAUAUACAUAAACAUAUGAUAUACCUUGGACACUGUGACACUCUUGUGUUUCGCCUUUAUUUCAAAUGUUUCUUAUUUCUAAAUGAUAAAAAUCAUGAAAUAACAUAAAUAGACAUUGAAUUGACCACUACAGUAUAAGUUAAUUUAACACUUGAUAGUUCUUUUAAGCUUGACAAAAUGUUUUUGUAAAAAAUAGACUACUUUAAUAACUAUAAAAGUUUGGCUGCCUUUUACUAUUCAUAGUUUUUUAUACAAAUGUUUAUUGCAUAAAAUGUCAACACAGCUAUGUCCAUUACAGAAGUCUUUCGAUCUCCCAGGGCUGCCUUUAUACAUUUAAGCCAAAUUUGAUGUUAUACACAUAUUUUGAGGAUGGGUUAUUGUUGUGAUUAUAUAUACCAAAAUAAAAGUUAGAUGGUA